UAGGUACAGUGAAAUGGCUGAAGCCAGUGUUUUUUCAGUGGAUCAGUUCAGCUGUCCAGUGUGUCUGGAUCUCCUGAAGGAUCCAGUGGCCAUUCCCUGUGGACACAGUUACUGUAUGAGCUGCAUUACAGACUGCUGGGAUCAAGACGAUCAGAAGAGAGUCUACAGCUGCCCUCAGUGCAGAAAGACCUUCAGUCCAAGACCUGCUUUAUAUAAAAACACCAUACUGACUGAAGUGGUGGAGAAACUGAAGAAGACCAAACUAAAAGCUGCUGUUCCUGCUGGAUCUGGAGACGUGGAGUGUGACAUCUGUACUGGAAGAAAACACAAAGCUGUCAAGUUCUGUCUGGUGUGUCUGGAGUCUUACUGUCAAACUCAUUUUGAGCGUCAUGAGGAGUUUCGCUCAGGAAAGAGACACAAAGUGACGGAUGCCACUGGACGACUGCAGCAGAUGAUCUGCCAUCAACAUGAUAAACUUCUGGAGGUUUUCUGUCGCACUGACCAGCAAUGUGUUUGUGUACUUUGUAUGACGGAUGAACAUAAAAACCAUGAGACUGUAUCAACUGCAGCAGAGAGGACAGAGAAAGAGAAACACUUGAAGAAGACACAGAGAAAACUCCAACAGAGAAUCCAGCAGAGACAGAAAGAUCUUGAGCAGCUGAGAGAGGAUGUGAAGUCUCAUAAGCGCUCUGCACAGACAGCAGUGGAGGACAGUGAGAGGAUCUUUACUGAGCUCAUCCGCUCCAUUGAGAGAAGCCGCUCUGAGGUGACACAGCGGAUCAGAGAUCAGGAAAAGGCUGCAGUGAGUCGAGCUGAAGGACAAAUGGAUCGACUGGAGCAGGAGAUUGAUGACCUGAUGAGGAGAAAUGCUGAGUUGGAGCAGCUUUCACACACAGACGAUCACAUACAUUUCCUCCAGGAGCCACAUGUGGAGUUUCCAAAGAUCUGGACGCGGGUGCUAUAUGGUGCCGAGCCCCUGAGAAAGGCAGAUUCCCAUCAGCUCGCUCUGGACCCAAACACUGCAUAUAAACUCCUCCGUCUGUCUGAGGGGAACACAGUGGUGACUUACACUAACACACGGCAGCCGUAUCCUGAUCAUCCAGACAGAUUUGUUAGAUAUCUUCAGGUGUUGUGUAGAGAGAGUGUGAGUGGACGCUGUUACUGGGAAGUUGAGUGGAGUGGAAGAGAAGUGCAAAUAUCAUUGUCAUAUAAGAGUAUCAGCAGGAAGGGAUCUGGUCAUAAGUGUUUAUUUGGAUGUAAUGAUCAGUCCUGGAGAUUGUCCUGCUCUCCCUUCAGUUUCUCAUUCUGGCACAAAGACAAAUAUACUGAACUCCCUGUUCCCUCCAGCUGCAGUAGAAUAGGAGUGUAUGUGGAUCACAGUGCAGGAACUCUGUCCUUCUACAGCGUCUCUGACACAAUGAACCUCAUCCACACAGUCCAGACCACAUUCACUCAGCCGCUCUAUCCUGGGUUUGGGGUUGGUUAUAAAUCAUCAGCGAAACUGUGUUGAUCUAACGGUCUAGAUCAUAGAGAUUUUACACAUUGUAUAUGCCAACCCAUGAUAAAUCAGAAUGUUUAUAUUUGCAGAUGCAUUUAUCCAGAGCAACUUACAAAUUACAAAACAGUAAGAUGUUGUAAACAACAGCUGAACUUCUGUCACUCAUAAUAACGUGUGUUGUACAAUAUUAUAAUGGAGUAGAUACUUUAUCAUCAGUUUAAUAUAAUAUUGACUGUAAAAUUGGUAAAUACUGUUUGUCCAUGAAAAAAUGGUUAAAAUCUCAUUAUAUAACUGAAAUGACAAUUUAAAUUAUUCAAGAGUCCUAAAAUCAAAAGUGUGAAUCUUGCCAUCCAAACACUUUUAAAUUAACACAAAGGUACAUUAUAAAAGAAAUAAUAAAUAAAUAAAUUUUGAAGAUUGGAAAAAGAUUGGAAAGAGGCAGAAUGGGUUUGUACUUUUAUAAUCUUUUAAGGGAUCCGAUACAGGUGUGCUCUCACUGCACGUACAGGACCUUUAAUAGUAUAUGUAUAACAGUAUAUUUAAGAUGCCGUGUAUAUGGUGUAAAAAUGUGUUUUAAUUUCUUUUUAUGUAAAUGUGAUACUGUAUUUCAUUUUGUUUUUAUUUGUGUUUUUUAGCUUAUGUUUUCUUUGUCAUUAUGAUAUACUACUGAAGUAAAACCACCUCACUGUUUCAAUAUAUUGUACUGCAGACUUAAAAAUCUCCAGAUUGAUUAAAAAAGCAAACAUUUUUCACACAAUGUGCUAGAAUUUAUUAAUGAAAUACGUCUCAUAUUUAAGACCACAAAUGGGAAAAUGGGGAUUAAUCAAAAAGUAAUAAAAACGUACAAACUGAUCACUUUCAAAAAGACCAAUCACAUUUCGAAAUUUCUAAAAUAUAUCUAAAUUACGACCUAUGCUCUCAAUGUCAAAUGCUGAAACGUAAAUUCAUGCGUUUAUGACCUCAAGGUUAGAUUAUUGUAAUGCUUUAUUGGGUGGUUGUUCUGCUCACUUAAUAAACAAACUCCAGCUGGUCCAAAAUGCAGCAGCUAGAGUUCAUACUAGAACCAAAAAGUAUGAUCAUAUUAGCCUGGUUCAGUCAACACUGUACUGGCUCCCUAUUAAACAUCGUAUAGAUUUUAAAAUCUUGCUAAUUACUUAUAAAGCCCUGAAUGGUUUAGCUCCACAGUACCUGAGUGAGCUCUUAUCGCAUUAUAGUCCCUCACGUCCGCUGCGUUCUAAAAACUCUGGCAAUUUGAUAAUACCUAGAAUAUCAAAAUCAACCGCGGGCGGCAGAUCAUUUUCUUAUCUAGUGCCCAAACUCUGGAACAAUCUACCCAACACUGUUUGGGAUUCAGACACACUCUGUCAGUUUAAAUCUAGAUUAAAGACCCAUCUCUUUAACCUGGCUUACACAUAACACAUCAACAUAUUUCUAUAAUUCAAAUCCGUUAAAGGAUUGUUAGGCUGCUUUAAUUAGGUCAA